GAAUUUAUUUUUGUUGUUGAACAAUUUUUCUCAUCCAGAAUACAAAAAUCUUCUUUCUAAAUUUUAUGUCUAAAAAUAGACUUAAAACUCAUUAAAAAACACCCCCCUGCUAAGAAUAAACAAAUCCAAACGAAAAAAUGGAUAAAACCCUUCAAAAACUAUGUCGUUUAUGUGGUGAAGAGCGUCUUUCUUCCUUCGAUGUGUUUAUAAAAUCCGAGGACAAUGUUUUAAUGGUUGAAGUUAUAAAGAAUAUUUUAAAUAUAUCGAUCUCCCACGAUGACACAAUUCCAAAUGAAAUAUGCGCUAUUUGCCAUACGUUUCUAUUAGAUUUUCUCAAAUUCCGUGAUACCGCCGAAAAGACUCAAUUAUUCCUUGUCGAUUUGGAAUUGAAUCUAGAAAAAGAGAAAACAGCUGCACGAAACGAACGCAAACAUUCGAUAGAAUCAAUUAAAUCCGAGCGAAGUAACGCUGCAUUUGUUGAUGCUUCAGAAGUUAACUUUACUUCAUCGGAUGAUGAAAGUUUCACUCCUUUAAAAGAGAGCUCACCAAAGACAAAAAAGUCACCUCGAAAGAAAUUGAAAAUGUCGCAGAAAGACAUGGAAAUACCUAAAAAUGAAAAUUCCGAAGAAGAAGCAAGUAAUCAAAGCUUCAGUUGGGACGAUGAGAAUGUCCCACUUAUCGAAGUUGCUUCAAGAAAUUCUGGCGGGGAAAACAAAACGACGACAAAUCCUCGAAGAUGUUUCCAAGAAGAUAACGUCACACAAACAGAUGAUAAAAUGCUAGUCAAACGGGAAAGAAGCUAUGAUUCAAUCGAAAUAACCAUCGAAAGUCCUUUGGACAAUCCCGAAGAGUGUACCAUUUGUCAGAAGCAAUUCUCCAAAGAACGAUAUCUGCGACAUCAUCUGCGAACUACUCACAAAAUCAACAUCAAAGCGAAUUAUCCAUGCAAUCGAUGUACCCGCAAAUUCAUGCAGAAAUUGUCUUGGGAACGCCACCAGAAGAUUCAUGAUGAUCCGAAUUUAAAUAAACCAGUUUCUUGUGAAAUUUGUGGCAAGUUCUAUAUAAACAAGCAGACUCUAAAAGCGCACAUUCGUUCAAUUCACAUUGAUAUUGGGAAGAAGUAUGUUUGUGAGGAAUGUGGAGCCCAGUUCAAAGGGAUCAGUAGUCUGAAGACUCACAAAAUCACACACACUGGAGAAUUUCCAUUCGAGUGUGAGAAAUGUGAUCGUAGAUUUCAGAGUAAAGCCAAUCUAUUUGUUCAUCAAGAUACCCACACGGAAACACCAUAUGUCUGCGAAAUAUGUAAUAAACCAUCGACUACGUUGCGUGGUUUGCGAUUGCAUAUGGUUAAUCAUUCGGAUGAAAAACCACACAAAUGCCAUAUGUGCGGGAAUGCUUAUAAGCGAAUUACGGCCUUGAAGAAACACUUGAUUGUACAUAGCGGUAUAAGGCCGUAUGCGUGUAAUUUCUGUGAGCGGACAUUUGCGGAUGGAUCGAAUAAGCGGAUUCAUAUGAGACGAUUGCACAAAAAAGAACUGGCAGAAAUGGAAUCGGCCGGGAUGAAGGUGCCUCCGGCGGUUUUGCCAAAAAUUCAGCAACUGAGGGAAGAUGGCGGAGGAGUCACUGUGCAGGUGUAGGUGAAUGAUCUAUCUAUUUUUGAAUGGAAUGCAAAGUUUGUUUGUUGGUGUAGACGAGCUUCAAUCGACUGUGUCGAAACGGCUCCUAGGCAUGUUUGGCAAAUUUCUCAAAAGAAGCGCAAAAAUUGCACGGUUAGUAGUUGAAUAAGCAAAACAUAGAGAUUAUUAACAAAAUGUAUUAUAACUAGUCGAGUCAAAUUAGACAUAAAAUUUGUAAAAUCUCGGAAUCCAGGGAAAGUCGAUGCAUCUGAAAAACGAGUAUAGGGCUGAAUUAUAAAAGGGUCAAAUAAGAAAGUUAAAAAAAAAAUUUCACCGCUCUCGAUUACAACAGUUUUUAUGGACCGUUAACUGUCAUUCCGUAUGCAAGCGUCAAUCGGAAUUGCUGUCUCAUUUUAGAUUUUGAUCAAACUUUGUAGGGAUGUUCUCUAGGACUGUAAGAAAGCAAAUCCAUGAUGAUUUAAUUUUAAGUUGCGUGGUUUCCCCGCUACCCGCAUUCGAACUUUUUCAGAAGGUCAUUUUUAUGUUAUUAUAGCUUUGCGUCUACUAAAGAUAUCUUUUUGUUUGAAACGCCAUUUUAAAGCUUAAGAAUAGUAAUUUUUGAAUAUAUAUUAAAAAAUU